UCAGGGAGACUGGGAAAGGGAAAGGGGCGACAUGGUUCUGUGGUCACAUGCCGCGGGCUCUAGUGGGAGGGGCGGUUCCCCAGCAGUCUCUUGGCUCUUCCUGUUUCCGGUUCCCAGAGUAGGGCACAGCGAGGCGCGCGGGAGGACGCUGGCCUCCGACACGGGCUCUGGGACCGCGGUCUGCGGCAGGCCGCUCGCGGGCCCCGUCUCCCAGCCCCAGGCAGAUAUCCACCGGGGGACUCUGAGCUUCGGCGGCUCCCUGUGCUCGUGACACGAUGUUCCCCUUGUACAGCUGUUGGAGGACCGAACUGCUCCUGCUGCUACUCCUGGCUGUGACAGUGAGAGAAUCCUGGCAAACGGCAGAAAAAACCUGCGACCUGGUAGGAGAAAAGGGUAAAGAGUCAGAGAGAGAGUUGGCGCUACUCAAGAAGCUAAAACCACUGUUUAACAAAAGCUUUGAGAGCACUGUGGGCCAGGGCUCAGACACAUAUAUCUACAUAUUCAGGGUGUGCCGGGAAGCUGGCAACCACACCUCCGGUGCAGGCCUGGUGCAGAUCAACAAAAGUAAUGGGAAGGAGACAGUCGUAGGGAGACUAAAUGAGACUCAUGUCUUCAAUGGAAGUAAUUGGAUCAUGCUGAUCUAUAAAGGGGGUGAUGAAUAUGACAACCACUGUGGCAAGGAGCAGCGUCGUGCACUGGUGAUGAUCUCCUGCAAUCGACACACCCUAGCGGACAAUUUUAACCCUGUGUCUGAGGAGCGAGGCAAAGUCCAAGACUGUUUCUACCUCUUUGAGAUGGAUAGCAGCCUGGCCUGUUCCCCAGAGAUCUCCCACCUCAGUGUGGGUUCUAUCUUACUUGUGACGUUUGCAUCACUGAUCGCUAUCUAUAUCAUUGGGGGGUUCCUAUAUCAGCGCCUGGUGGUGGGAGCCAAGGGAAUGGAGCAGUUUCCUCACUUAGCCUUCUGGCAGGAUCUUGGCAACCUGGUAGCAGAUGGUUGUGACUUUGUGUGCCGUUCUAAACCCCGAAAUGUGCCUGCAGCAUAUCGUGGUGUGGGAGAUGACCAGCUGGGGGAGGAAUCGGAAGAAAGGGAUGACCAUUUAUUACCAAUGUGAUCGCACUUUAAAUGUCCAGCCUCUUCAGUCCCCCAAACCAAAGCAUACUCAGCCAGAUUUCUCAAGCAGUCUCCACCCCAGUCUCUCAUCGCACCCUUAAUAUUGCUCUUGCUUUCCAGUUUGCUUUUGAUUUGCAUCCUCUUCUCACUAGCGGAACUGUCUUCCUUUUGUUCCCUAUCUUCUGUUUUUGCUCUAGAGAGGUACAGUUACAAGACAGGUAAUACGAGUGCCUGUGAACACAGAGGGUACUGCACUAUCUCUUGGUAUCAGAAGGUACAAGUAGGAUAGCUAUAGUGGGCAAAAAGGUGUGGCAGGCUCCUUGGCCCUUUCUAUUUUAAACACAUUUUCUCAAAUUUUUCAGACACUGGAUUUCUUUAGUUAAAAAAAGCAAGAAACGUUAUUUAUACAGGUUUGAUUGCUUUCAUGCUUUUACUCUGUACCCUACAGUAGUCUCCAUGAGAAUCUGGAUGUAAUUUCUUGCUGUUUGGAACUACUUUGCAGUGAUUACUUGGUUGUAAUCCAAGUACUCCCAUUUGGUCUGAGCCUGGAGAUGUUCUAGAGUUGCUUCUCCCACCUCGACUGGGACAGGAAAAAUGUGAAAUUUCCCAAUUACAGGAUUAUGAGGUACCAUUC